AUGCGGAAACUGACCACCAUCAAAAUCUACACGGCAUGCCUCCGCCAGGACAUCGAAUACAAAACGCUCGGCAUUUCGUACGACGCCACCAGCAAAAGUGUCGUUCAGCAGCUGCUCCGGAGAUGCAAAAUGCGACAUCGUGAUCCGCGGCUGUUUUACCUGACGAUGGAAGUGACCGUGAGGAGGCCUGGCGUCAAAUCGCUACUGGAGCUGGACGAUGAGGCGAGGCCGGCCCUGUUGCAAGCGUGCCACCCGAAGGGGGACUCCAGAUUUUGUCUCCAACAAAAACCUGGCGGUCUGAUUCGAGUACACACCUCGGCCCUGCAGCCCAACUCGCAAUACAAAUCGCUCCUCAUCUCGGAAGAAACCACCUCAGACGAACUGCUCUCACUACUCCUCUCUUGCUACAACUCCAUCGAACCGGUCGAACAGUUCAGUCUUUACGAAGUCUGCCCCGGUCAAGAAUAUCAACGAAAACUACACCCGGACGACCUUCCGCUAAAAACCCAACUCCAACGCCAACAGAAAAACGAGAUCAUGCACUUUUUGGUCCGCCGAAACCCGAACUAUCCCCGAAGACGUCAGAUGCUUGCACCAAUCUCUGAAGCCAAACACUUCAUAAUCGGUCCCGGCUCGUUAACACAUCAUAGGCUCUCGCUACACUCAACGACCUUCCCGCUCAGUGCCGUAACCACCCCAACCAAUACCCUCAUCUCGGACAUUGUCGAUGGAGUUUCAUCCCUAAACAACCUGAAAGAACCCAAGAGUCUGACACUGCGGGAGUCCUGCAUGUCUUCGUCGUCAUCAUCCUGCUCCUCAUCGUCAUCAUCUUCGUCCUGCUCAUCGAGUUCCAGCAGUUCGAGUCGGACCAGCGAAGACAACAACAACGACGAGCGGAGUUGUUGUCUCCAAUGCAAAACCGAUGAAACCGUAGAUCAGGACUGCAACGAGCGAAGACCGGUGGACGUAGUGGACGGUCCCGCUGUCAAAGCUCGCAACUUGGACCGUUGUCAACAGGCACCUCCCCGACCAUCCAAAGCAUCCCUCCUACCGUCCUCGCUCCUGAUAGCCCCAAGCGUGCCUUCGUACAACCCCGUCUACAACAUCCGGGAGAUUCGAACCGUGUGUAAUUCGUUUUCGUCGCUCGGUAUCGACAAGAAACUGGUGGACAUCGAAAGGAUCGACAAUCGGACGAGCAGUGCCAGCAUAACGGGUAACGUGACCCGGAGUACGGUGGUCAAGGAAGCCGUCAAUACCGAUCCAAUGAAGGGGGUGGGGAAUUUCAUUUACAUUUGA